UAGAUCUGAUUGGCCGGAGCAGUAAGAAGGGGGGAAAAUCUUUAAUUAAGCAGAUAAUCUCUUGUUGGGAUGAGAGCGGCUCCAUUUCAGAACCCCCCCUGGUUUCCCACAUGAGCUCCGGAGCUCCCUGAGAUCUGCAUGUAGGUAUAUAUCCCUCUUGCAGAGCAGAGUCACCCGGCUUUACAGCACACACAUCACUUCUAAUUCCCUAAACCUCAGGAUGCUUAUGCAUUUUGAAGUCUACUACUACAUUUUCAUCUUGAUGACUCACGUGAGGUCCUGCUGCACCUGGUCAGUGAAUAAUUUCCUGAUGACUGGCCCAAAGGCCUAUCUGAUCUACUCCAGCAGUGUGGCUGCCGGGGCACAGAGUGGGAUCGAGGAGUGCAAGUAUCAGUUUGCCUGGGAGCGCUGGAACUGCCCAGAGAGAGCUCUUCAGCUGUCCACUCACAGCGGCCUCAGGAGUGCUAACAGGGAAACGGCAUUUGUCCAUGCCAUAAGUUCAGCGGGAGUGAUGUACACCCUCACACGAAACUGCAGCCUGGGAGACUUCGACAACUGUGGUUGUGAUGACACAAGGAAUGGUCAAAGAGGGGGUCAGGGCUGGCUGUGGGGAGGCUGCAGUGAUAACGUGGGCUUUGGGGAAGCCAUCUCCAAGCAAUUUGUUGAUGCCCUGGAGACGGGACAAGAUGCACGAGCAGCCAUGAAUCUACACAACAACGAGGCUGGACGGAGGGCUGUGAAAGGCACCAUGCAGCGGACGUGUAAAUGCCACGGCGUCUCCGGCAGCUGCACGACCCAGACCUGCUGGCUUCAGCUGCCGGAGUUCAGGGAGGUGGGCAAUUACCUGAAGGAGAAGUACCAGAGGGCCCUGAAGGUGGACCUGUUGAGGGGCGCGGGCAACAGUGCCGCCAGCCGGCGGGCCAUCGCCGAGACCUUCAGCUCCAUCUCCCGCAAGGAGCUGGUGGCCCUGGAAGACUCCCCCAACUACUGCCUGGAGAACAGGACCCUGGGCCUGCCGGGCACCGAGGGCCGGGAGUGCGUCAAGAAGGGCAAGAACCUGACGCGCUGGGAGAAGCGCAGCUGCAAGCGGCUGUGCGGCGAGUGCGGACUGGUGGUGGAGGAGAGGCGGGCCGAGACGGUGUCCAGCUGCAACUGCAAGUUCCACUGGUGCUGCGCCGUCAAGUGCGACCAGUGCCACAAGACUGUGACCAAGUACUACUGCGUUAAGAAGCAGGGACAGAAGGUCAAGAGCAUCGGGAGGAGCAGCAGCAGCCAAAGGAAGAGUCUCAGGCUCAGGAAGACUCACUAGAAGCAGAAGGCAACCAAGCUCAA